GCACGUCUACGGCGUAGCCAGCGGCUACGAAAGUAAACAAAUGUGACGCGAUCGCUUCAAAAUUAAUUUGAUUUAUGAAGGGAAAGCUGUAUUAACAAGAUGAAAGCGUGGACCGCACACGAACAAGACACGUCUCUAUCAUGCUGUCGAACAUUACACGUGAAGCAUGCUGCAUAUGCCAGUGCACUCUACACCUUGAAUAUAUCGAUACUAGUGGUGCUAUUGUACAGCUGGAGGAUCGGAGUCAACGCGAAAAGAUAUAAGGAACUAGACGAUGUUUAUUACGGUGUACAGAUAGCAUAUUUUGCAAUAAUAGGAACACAGAUGUUGAUGAUUUUACUAAGCAUCUUUCUCUUUUAUGGAAUCUACAAAGAAAACAUAGCAUUCUUGGUGCCGUGGGUUGUUGGUUGCAUGACAUUCAUGGCUUUGGAGUCAAUGGCUAUGGUAUACUCUAAUAUUCUUAGAGAUCACGUUAAUAAGCAAUUUGAUGCCAUGUGUAAAGCCGAGAUAUCGUUCUUAAUACCACGAAUUCUGUUUAAUUGUUUAUGCAUAUGGUGCGUGCUGCGAUUGUACCACUUAUUGCGAGCUGGAGUGACUUGGAAAGGUUCUGCGCCUAUAGAACUGUGACUAUUACCGCCCGGCGCUAGUUUACAUUCCAAAUCUAUGGACUCUACUGAGCGACGAGACUCCGUUGCGUGUGAAUCGACUCUUUUGCUCGGAGGAAUUGAAAGUGAUACAGACGCAAGUUUA